UGAUCAACUAAAAUGGGGCGCUUCUUCCGGUCGAAAAGGUCCAAGAGGAGGAUCAAUUUGGGCAACUUCUUCGAAUGGCUGGCACAAAAAACGAAGCAGAAAAUUGACCGGAAAAUCAUGACGUAGACAACAAUGAACAAAUAGAAGGAAUUUUGAAUUGCAAACAUGAAACCACUAAAGAACCAAAUCAUGUAAAUGUUGAACCCGAAAAUAGCGAAACUGUACAAGUGGGCGAAACUUCGGAUGGGGGCCCGGAGCUCCGCAGGGUUGCUCGUCCUGAGGUUUUGCAAGGGGAAUAUCCCCAACACUUUACAGAUUAGAGCGAUGGGUCUGAAGUACCAGAAGAAGGUCUUGGUUUCCAUUGUCACACACUGGAUUUUUUCUACUGACUGAAUUGUAAAAAACAUUGGUUUUUAUUCCUGAGAUAAAAUGUUUCCCUGAACCCAUUAUUUGGCCAUAUGGAGAUUAUUUGUCCUCUAAUUGAUGUUAAAAGUUUGCUGAUUAUGUUUGUUGUUGCGUUUUGCGUUAUCUUUUCAUGUAAGCGCAGCUUUAUCACUUUUGAUAAGUUUUCAUUUCUUAGGUCAUGAUGAAGUUCUGUGCGAAUUUGUCCUUCAUGUUCACCGAGCGGCCCUUCUUGGAGCGCUACAGAUUGGCCAAAGAGGCCGGUUUUGGGGCCGUUGAGACCGGCUUCCCCUUCAAUUUCACCGAAAAACAGGUCGUUGAUGCAAAAACCUCGGCUGACAUCCACCAAGUCCUCAUUAACACCUACACCGGUGACGUAACGAAGGGCGAACUCGGUUUUGCAGCAAUCCCCGGGAAAGAACAGGAGUUUAAAGACAGUAUUGCCAAAACCAUCAGUUUUGCUAAAAGUCUCGGGGCCUCAAAAAUCCACAUUAUGGCCGGGAAAGUCCCCGAAGUGACUGACGCUCAUCAUUCCGUUUACGAAACGAAUUUAAAAUAUGCGACAAAGUUGUUGGAGAAGGAGAAUAUAAUUGGGUUGAUUGAGCCAAUAAAUAAAUAUUCGGUCCCCAAUUACUAUCUCAAUUGUUACGAUAGAGCUCUAAAUGUGGUGAAGAACAUCAAUAGUCCCAACUUGAGGAUCAUGUUGGAUGUUUUCCAUUUGCAACAUAUCAGGGGGAAUGUUACUAACAAUAUUAAGGAAUUGGGGGGCUAUAUCGGGCAUGUACAAAUUGCACAAGUGCCCAAUAGGAACGAACCGGACACUCCGGGGGAACUAAACUACGUUUAUGUACUAGAAACUUUGGAGUCUUUGGGGUACAAUGACUGGGUCGGGUUGGAGUACAAACCACUUGAGGACACCAAGAAGGGGCUCAAGUGGGUCAAGAAUCUUGGCUACAGUCUCUAAUUGGUGGCAAUUGUGUAAAUAAAGGCUGUUUUAAUUAAAA